CUGACUGAACAGCAUGAUUCUCCCUAAACCAAGCUCUCACCUUUAAGUCUUUUGUAGCGAAGAUACGUUUAUUCCUGCAAAGAUUUUCCACCUUCUUGGAGAACACAGGCUUCCGAUGUCUCCAGCAGCUUUGAGUCUGCGACACUCGGGAGACAUGGAACGUUUGGACCUGCUGGGAUUCCUUCUCAUCACUGUCAACUGCAACAUGACCAUUGUGGGGAAGAUCUGGCUUAUCUUCAUGAUACUGCUGAGGAUGGUGGUGAUCAUCUUGGCAGGCUCCCCCGUCUACCAGGACGAGCAGGAGAGGUUUGUGUGUAACACUCUGCAGCCAGGAUGCACUAAUGUUUGCUACGACAUCUUCUCCCCGGUGUCCCACCUGCGGUUCUGGCUGAUCCAGAGCGUGUCUGUUCUCCUCCCUUCUGCCGUUUUCAGCGUCUACGUGCUCCACAGAGGGGCCGUGCUCGCCGCCCGUGGACUCUCCGGGCCAGACGGUGGUCCCACCCGUCCUGACCCCUGUGACCAGAGCCCUGGGGACAGGCGCCGCCCUCCGCCCUGCAGGGAGCCACGCCACCUGACCGUGCCGGACUUUUCCUCGGGCUACAUCGUCCACCUCCUUCUUCGGAUGCUGACCGAGGCAGCUUUUGGUGCCUCGCAUUACCUCCUCUUUGGAUUCUUGGUCCCCAAGAGAUUCUCUUGCACCCAAUCUCCCUGCACCAGCGUGGUGGACUGUUACGUCUCCCGGCCCACGGAGAAGUCCAUUAUGAUGCUUUUCAUGUGGGCGGUCAGUGCGCUCUCCCUGCUGCUCAGUGUGGCUGACCUCAUCUGCAGCGUGCAGGGGAGGACGAGCGGGGGCUGGGGCCCCGCCGAGGAUCCCCUAGGCCCCGCCGCCGGCCGCCGGCUCUCCCGGAGCCUGGGCGCUAGGCCGGGUCAGAUGGCCCGCGACGGUGGGUGGGUGGAGGAGGGGGCGCCCAUCCACCCCGGCCUGUGGACUGGAGGGGUGGGUGCCGACAGCCCCAGUGGUAAGUCCGCUGUAUCAGGGCGGAUGGGGCUUCCCGAUGAAGAUGAGAGCGAGGUGAUGUCCUCUGCCAGCGAGAAGCUGGCCACGAUUUGCAAGGAGCCCGGGAGUAGGCCGCGCGGAGAGGCCUCCCAGGACCCCAGGGGCGAGGGUCCCACAAGAUCAGAGGAGCAUCCCUCAUCGCCUCGGAGCCGGCUGGGCCGGCGCUAUCCAUCCGGUCAGCUACAGCGCCUCGACGGGCUCGCCAACUCCAGAUCCAGAAAGUCUGAGUGGGUCUGAAGAGGGAAUGCCGGGCAGCCCCCGGGCGCACCGUCCUCUCCAAAUGGAGACAUGGCCCACGAAGACGCAGACUCACUUUGGCCGGUGUGAAAGUUUACCCACUAGGUUCCCGGAGAACAUCAACAGGCAGAAAGGCGAGCUGCCAUGGGACACAUGGACUUCGUGGGAGACUAAUUAUCCUCGAGAUACAGAUUUAAUUUAGAUAACAAUUUCUCUUGACAAAAGCACUUGACAUUGUGCUUUUGACAAUGUGAGUGGAAGCUAAAAUGAUUAAUUGGAGAGUGUCAGGUGACAGAUGAUGCUACACUCUGGUUUUUUUUUUACUGUAGUAUGUGCUUAAUUAAAGCAUAUUGUCUUACAUUAAUAGAGCUCAUUCAUGUUAUAAUGUUUUCUGGUGAGUUAUUUGAA